CCCCGUAAGACACUACGCACCUCCAAAUUCUAUAUGAUUUUUCCAAUCAUUUCAUUUAUACGACCUGCAAAUAAGAUAAGAUCUUGGCUCGCCCUACAAAAAAACAACUAUAUGCCCUAUAAACUUGCUUGCUUCUUCGAAUCUCGAAAUAACAUAUAGAAAGUGUUUCUGUGAUGAGACCAUUCUCGAUCGAUAAAUGCGAUAGGAGCCUAUGUGUUUCACGGGCAGCCGGCCAAUAGGGGAAGGUUGUGAAUCCGGCGAACCGACCGCUUUAAGAACGUGAUUGUCUUCUCUCACUCAGUUAUCAAUUGACAAAGAUGACCCAUUCUUUUUCGCCCUAAAAACGACAAUGGUAUGGUACUUUUUCUUCCAAUCGAGAUUGUGUGGGUGUCCGCUCAUGUUCACGUUACAUGCUAAAUAAGGCUUUCGUUGGAAAAACCAACGCCGACGUCAAGAUCAGUCUCCUUUCCUUUCUCUUUUCGGGAGCAGAGCUGAAAAAGAUGGGAAAUUCCAAUGAUUCUUCGUUCAUUAUCAUGUCGAUUCCUCACAAUCGCUCUUUGUGAUGCUGCGGAACCAUGGCAAUUAGGAUCUCAAGACGCAGCAACACCUAUGAUGCAAGGAAUCAUUGACUUACAUCACGAUAUCUUUUUCUUCCUCAUUCUUAUUUUGGUUUUCGUAUCACGGAUGUUGGUUCGCGCUUUAUGGCAUUUCAACGAGCAAACUAAUCCAAUCCCACAAAGGAUUGUUCAUGGAACUACUAUCGAAAUUAUUCGGACCAUAUUUCCAAGUGUCAUUCUUUUGUUCAUUGCUAUACCAUCGUUUGCUCUGUUAUACUCAAUGGACGGGGUAUUAGUAGAUCCAGCCAUUACUAUCAAAGCUAUUGGACAUCAAUGGUAUCGGACUUAUGAGUAUUCGGACUAUAACAGUUCCGAUGAACAGUCACUCACUUUUGACAGUUAUACGAUUCCAGAAGAUGAUCCAGAAUUGGGUCAAUCACGUUUAUUAGAAGUUGACAAUAGAGUGGUUGUACCAGCCAAAACUCAUCUACGUAUGAUUGUAACACCCGCUGAUGUACCUCAUAGUUGGGCUGUACCUUCCUCAGGUGUCAAAUGUGAUGCUGUACCUGGUCGUUCAAAUCUUACCUCCAUCUCGGUACAACGAGAAGGAGUUUACUAUGGUCAGUGCAGUGAGAUUCGUGGAACUAAUCAUGCCUUUACGCCUAUCGUCGUAGAAGCAGUGACUUUGAAAGAUUAUGCGGAUUGGGUAUCCAAUCAAUUAAUCCUCCAAACCAACUAAACCGGGGAAGCUGAAGCGGAAAUGCAAUUCUCGGGUGAGGGAAGGGGGAAGCUCCAGGAAGGCUUCGCUCGCUCGCUCAAAAAGCUCUAACGCUCGUUUACGAGUGGAGUGCAUAAGCCCUUAUUGAAGUAGGGUGAGGCCUUACUACACGAGCUCGUAAGUCAAGCACGGAACGAGCCUUGUCUACGAAGCUUCGCUUCAUCAUCUUGCUUGCUUCUGGCGAAGCUUAACGCACUAUAACAUAGGCAUGCAUGAUGGUAUGGUAGGAAGACUCCUUUUAAGGCCGACCACUACAUAGGAGCGAUAGGAAGCCAAGCCGUCAAAAGGAAAGGCGAGCAGCCCUUAUUGCAAUAGCAAACGGCCUACUUAUAGCCCUAU